CUUUCAAUUUAGUUACAGCCGCUUNNUUUGCGAUUUUUUUUUUUUUUUUUUUUUCACUUCAUUCUCAGAGUGAUAUCUAUUCUUUUGUUGUGUGUUGAAUUCUGAUCGAUUUAAGGCGCUAAGAUUGCAGAGAAAGCAUAGCUUUCAAGCGGUGGAUUAUUGACAUUUGUUCGGAGAUUAAGUUGAUUGUUUAGGGAGAUUUGAACGACGCGGCCGAGAGAUCGAGUGGAUUAUCUGGAAGAAGAUGAAGUUCUGCAAAAAGUAUGAGGAGUAUUUGCGAGGUCAGGAGAAGAAACUGAAAUUGCCUGGAUUUCAGUUCAAACGGCUCAAGAAGAUUCUGAAGAAUUGUAGCAGAGAUUUUCAGUCUCAACACCGCCAUGGCGAUGGCGAUUGCUCCUCCGUAGCCGUUCAGAGCUGUCCGGAUCAUUGUUCAGUGUGCGAUGGGACUUUCUUCCCCUUCCUUUUCAAGGAAAUGUCUGGAAUAGUAGGCUGCUUUAAUCAGCGAGCACAGGAAUUGCUUGAGCUGCACCUCGCUUCUGGAUUUAGAAAGUAUCUUUUAUGGUUCAAAGGCAAACUGGAAAGCGACCAUUCUGUCUUAAUUCAAGAAGGGAAUGAACUGGUUAAUUAUGCAAUGAUGAACGCCAUUGCAGUUCGGAAAAUCUUGAAGAAAUAUGAUAAGAUUCAUUACUCCAAGCAAGGGCAAACAUUCAAGUCGAAAGCUCAAAGUAAUCACGUUGAGAUCCUUCAGUCACCAUGGCUAUCAGAGCUUAUAGCAUUUCACAUUAACCUGAAGGAGACAAAGCAUAAAUCUGAGCGUAUCUCUUCAGCGUUUGAGAAAUGUUCCCUUGCAAUUACUGAUGGAAGCCCAUCGCUUACGUGUGAGCUCUUCGAUUCAGUCAAACUUGACAUCGACUUGACGUGUUCCAUAUGCUUGGAUACAGUAUUUGAUCCCGUUUCUCUUGCUUGCGGCCAUAUAUUUUGCUACAUGUGUGCUUGUUCGGCAGCCUCAGUAACCAUAGUCAAUGGGCUAAUGUCUGCAAAUCCAAAAGCAAAGUGCCCACUCUGCCGCGAGGCAGGAGUUUAUGAAGGUGCUAUACAUUUGGAAGAGCUUAGUAUUCUGUUACAUCGAAGCUGCCCUGAAUACUGGGAGAAACGUCUUCAGACAGAAAGAGCAGAAAGAGUUCAGCAAGCAAAGGAGCACUGGGAAUCCAUGUCUCGAGCAUUCAUGGGAGUGUAGAUAUUAUCACUCCUUACAAUGGCUAAAUACUCAAAUCUUACCAUUGCUGCUAAAUUGGUGUCUUGUUUUUUUCUUCUCAAUUUGUAUGAACACUGUAAAUAAUAUUAUUUCUAGAAUUUUACAGCUGAUGCUAAAGUCACUUGACAAGUGUUCCCGGAUGCUGAUUCCUUGUUAAAGUUCUUUCUAGUUUGUAGGGUGGAAGAGAUUCGAACCUUGAACCUCGAGAGUAUAUGCUUAAACCUCAGGUUCGCAAUUGAUCUAUGAGAACUUCUAUAUCUAUAACCA